CAAUUUAGGGUUCUUCAUUUACAAAAAUUUCACAAUACAAAAUUCACAUACAAUCAAUAAAUAUCUAUUUAUAUCUAUAUAUUAUUUAUUAUAUAUGACUAUAUCUAUAUGUAUCGAAAUAUCAAUUUGAUAAUUCGCGUAACGUGAUGGAGACACAGAGAAUUAUGGAAUUUCCACAUAAAAUUAUGGAUAAAAGGCCGAGAAAACGACCUCGUUUAGCUUGGGAUAUGCCGCCUUCUGAUCCUCUUAUUAAUCAACCUCCUAAGGUACUUCCGACAUUAUACUGCAGGCAGGAGUUUAUGAAUGGGGCGGUUCCCGUUUUUUCUUAUUCUUCAAUAUAUUAUAAAGGGAUACCGCACAAUGGUUCCCCUCCGUGGAGACCGGAUGACAAAGAAGGCCAUUACAUGUUUGCGAUAGGAGAGAAUAUAACUCCUCGAUAUAGGAUCUUGAGUAAAAUGGGUGAAGGUACUUUUGGGCAAGUUUUGGAGUGUUUAGACAAUGAAAAGAAAGAACCUGUAGCAAUUAAAAUAGUUCGUUCAAUAAGCAAGUAUCGUGAAGCUGCUAUGAUUGAGAUUGAUGUGUUACAGAAGCUUGCACGGCAUGAUAUUGGUGGCUCACGUUGUGUGCAAAUACGGAAUUGGUUUGACUAUCGUAAUCAUAUUUGUAUUGUUUUUGAGAAGCUUGGUCCAAGCUUAUACGAUUUUCUUCGCAAAAACAACUACCGUUCAUUUCCCAUUGAUCUUGUUCGGGAGUUUGGAAGACAACUUUUGGAAUCUGUGGCAUUUAUGCAUGAUCUACGCCUUAUACAUACCGAUCUAAAACCAGAAAACAUUCUUCUGGUUUCAUCAGAGUAUAUCAAGGUGCCGGAUUAUAAGUUUCUCUCUCGGUCUGGAAAGGAAGGUUCUUACUUCAAGAAUUUGCCUAAAACGAGUGCUAUUAAGCUCAUUGAUUUUGGGAGUACAACAUUCGAACACCAAGAUCACAGCUAUGUUGUUUCAACCCGUCAUUAUCGGGCCCCAGAGGUUAUAUUGGGUCUUGGAUGGAACUAUGCAUGUGAUUUGUGGAGUGUGGGUUGCAUACUUGUUGAACUUUGCUCUGGUGAGGCUUUAUUCCAGACUCACGAGAAUAUGGAACAUCUUGCCAUGAUGGAGAGAGUUCUAGGGCCUCUUCCUCCACAUAUGAUUAUGAGAGCCGAUCGUCGGUCUGAAAAAUAUUUUAGAAGAGAUGCAAGAUUAGACUGGCCUGAGGGUGCAACCUCAAGAGAAAGUAUGAGGGCAGUGUGGAAACUUCCACGCCUGCAGAACUUGGUAAUGCAGCAUGUGGAUCACUCUGCUGGGGUGUUGAUCGACCUCUUGCAGGGGCUACUGCGAUUUGACCCGUCAGAGCGACUCAAAGCUAGGGAAGCUUUACGACAUCCUUUCUUCACACGAGAUAUUAGACGAUAUGGGUACCCUUUGUAAUUUGAAAAUUCGACUCACCCUUUUAAUUGGGGUAAACGAGUCUCUUCUUUGCUAUGAAAAAAAAGUUAAUAGAAAAUACGUGUCAUUUUCCACUAUAAUUGAUGCUUUUUGAUGAUGGUUUUACUGUUACACCACAAA